UGUUGUUGAAGAAGAAGACCAUCACUAUUUGGUUGCUGGUAAUAUAUAAAUAUAUAUUAAAAUGUUCUAAAUUAACGAAAGCCAGACUGAUUUGCGUUGCCGCUUUGCUUUAAAGAGGAAAUUUACGCACUCUUAAUCGCAUCAGUCUGAUGAACUUGUUUUUACGGUUUGCGUGUCGGCAUUAUUCGGCUGUGUACAAACUAGCACUUAAACUUGGGAAAUAGCUGCGUGGCUAGCUAACUAGCCAGCUCUCUGGCUCAGUCUUUUUUAUUUGGGAAUUUCGAAUACAAUUAAAUAAAUGUAACGUGAGGUGAAGAGUUUGCUGAAAGUUUCGCUAAGUGCCCAAACUACUUCUGACCGUUGUAUGCGAGUGGCUGUUAAACCUGUCGGAGCUAGUCCUGAACUUACUUCAGCAAUAACCCGAAGAACUAGUUAGGGGAGUUUUGUACACCGUGGUGCUGUGUUCAAACCGGACAAGUUCUAACAGAAUGCGACUGAUAAGGGACCACUUGAAAUAAUCCCCACUCAGUAUCAGGCGGCUUUAAAUUGGACCAAGCACUUUUAGCGUGCGGCCUGCUGGUCAGGCUUUCGCCGCACUAGAGUUUAAGCUCUCGCCGCUGUGGAGCGCGCUCAGUCCGGCUGCCUGCUUCAAACAUACUCCGGCCUGCCAACGAGCCAUGGAGAGAAUGGAAGUGGACCAGUGCGCAGGCGCAGCUGGAGGGAACGGGGGCGGGGCUUUACGGAGGUCCAACAGCGCCCCUAUGAUCACUAAUGUCAGUGACGGAAUGACAGUGUUCAGCUCAAAUACUUCGGCCCGGUAUCGCCGGAGCAGCGUGUCUGUGAACCCAAGCUGCCCCUCUAGAACCCUGCCUUUUUCUCCAUUCUCCUUGUGCAGCGAGAGACCAGAUCAUAGGCGGCAGAUGGAGAAUAUGGAACUCACUCUCCGAGGGAGUUUACAGAGACUAAGUGCCUCAGCUACAGUCCCCUCACCUCCUGGAACUCAGUGGCAUGGGCAUCUAUCACCAGAUUUCCAUUCCCAAGACUCUGGAGUCACUCCUAAUUCUUCUCCCAGUCCAACAAGAAGGUUCAGGGGGGGGUCAGUGAGUUCAUCCGUGAGAUGGCCAGUGGUUGCACCUUUAAAAAGAAAAGGUGGAGUGGAAUCCGACGGUCCACCUAAAAAGCUCUUUGUUGCUGGAGUUACAGAUCCUGGCCACAUAUCUAGUUGCACUGUCAGUGUUUCCCAGUCGAUGGACUCUCCCUCAAGCGCUGUACCCGUAUGUCCAAGCCCUCAGAACAUCGCGCUCUCGCUUUCUCCCCCCUCGCCGUUUACAUCCCAACACCCCAGCAUCUAAUUACCACAUCGGUUCAACUCGCAAUGUAAGGACAACGUUUCCGUCUUUACACUCAUCACAUCCUGAACUUUUGUUCAGAACCGUGUCCUGAGAUCAGCUCUCCAUCUCACUACUUGGUGCUUUAAAGAGGAACGUAUUCGGUUUUACGUUAUUUGCAGAAGAAGGAAAAAAAAACCUUUCUGUGGGAACUUUUGAGGAAGGUUUUAUGUUGUCAGACUGAAGAUGGAAAUUGUGUCAAUGCCAGGAAUAGUGCAGUGCUAGUGCUGCCCAGUUUCAUCUGAUAAUACUUCGUUUGCACCAGGGCAAGGGUUUCCUUGCAUUUUUGUGAAAUAAUGUCAGGAUUUACACGGAGUUAUCAUGUUGCCGCUAGUGUUUUAGUGAUCGCGAUUUACACGUAAGAUUGGCUGUGAGCAUGCAAAUACACAUCAAGGUUUAGCCUUCCAUGGAUUUAGUUUUUUUUUUUUUUAAACAGGUUCAGAACAUGCUUUUCUAAUCUCAUCCACAAGCAGUGAGGUCUUCCAAAAAGUAUUUAAAAAUAAUUAUAUAUAUAUAUUAAGAAAAGAUCCUUACAUCACUAGACUGUUCAGGCCACAAGUGUGUUCAUGUAUGCUCUGUGUAUGUUUUACAGCUUUGUUUUAAAGGGUCGUUUUUACGCAUUUUAUUAUUUUAUUAAAACCUUCCAACAACCCUUGGACAAGCAGUACACCAGCCUGCUCUAAAACUUGUCCUUCACCUUUGUUUUAUGUUUAAUAUGGAGGAAGAACAACAGAAGCAGUUUUCUCAAAUAUUCCCUUUUUAUAAAAUAUGCCCAGAAAAUGUUCACAUUUCCUAGAACAGGCACAAGCAUUUUAUUAACAAAAAACGUUGCCAUAUUGUUUUUCAGGCUUGCAAACGCACCCAUGUGACCGUAAGCUCGUAGUCAAGAAAACGAACACAAAUGAAGCUACGCAAGCUGACCCACUGUAAAACCGUAUCGCAUGUCACUAAUAAGGCAUGGUUGAUAGAUCUUCUCUUCCUUUUGCGCAGUGUUAAACAUUAUUAAUGUAAGUUUCAUUUACAUUACAUAAGUGGGAUCAUAUUUCCAUGUUUUUGCUAUUGUUGUAAAAAAAAACACAGACUGACAGAUGUACAGUGUUGCUGAUUAGAGCUUAUUUUUAUUAUUUUUUGUGCUGACAAGUGCAUUAAUGGUUCCAGAGCAGUCUUUGAGCAGGACUGUUGUGGAUCAUAUGCAUCAUAUACUGACUAGAAAACAUCACCAUUUGACCAUGUUAUAUUUCAUACUAGCAUCUCAGCAGCUAAAUAUUUCAACUUCCGCAUCGAUUCGACCUCGCAAAGAUAAGAAGGAACUUUAGUGAAAGAUUUCUUUAAACGUUCUUGCCUUUUCGUCGUUUUCUUUUAGCUUUAUUGCUGGUACAAUGAAAUGCCUUGUAAAGUAAUUCCAAAGACAUUUGCACAUGUUGUCAAAGUCUCCAGUUGUACAUGUUUAAAUUAAUACCAAUGGAUCUAAGUUGAGUCUUGGAAAAGAAUUGUGCAAUAUAGAUAUAAGUGCAUCACGGAAUAGGAAAGAAGACGCGAUCAUUUUUCCCCACAUUCUGUGGCUUCUCUUUUUUUCCCUUCCCUUUUCUUUCUUCUUUCUAAAAUGAACAUAUUGAUCAUUGUUAAUGUAUUAUUUAUGUAAAGUCACAAAUUGUCAGUUUUGUCUAGAAAUCAUUUCAGUAACUUGGACGGAAUUUUUUUUUCUUCAUAUUUUAUUUUGGUUGAAGUACAGACAUCACUUGAAAAAUUUGUUUUAUUAUUCUACUUUCGGUUUGUACUUUUUUUGUCUUGUCUUUUAUUUCUCUCACUUAAAACGGGAGGCUUGCUAUCUGCAUCUUCUACGUCUUCUUUAAAAAGAAUGAAGGACGAGUGUUAAACAGUGACUGUUACAAAGCUGGAACACGAGGCCGGGAGUCGGGUUAAUAUUUGUAAGCACAUGGAGCGUUCUAUAAAAUGACACACAACACACACACAACUCUUGCCUCUUGUGUUUGAGAUGUAAAUAUGUUGUAGCCACAACAAACCGAAGAGGAAGAUGUAUUUUUAUGAACUGUAAUAUAAAGCAAUGAGGUAUAUAAAGGUAUAUUCAUUCCCUCUGAGCAUAUCCUGUACCUGGUAAUGUCUCAUUUCUAGUACAUACAAAAUGCUGUUCACCUUUGAAUUUGUAUUUUACAUUGUACAUAUCAAUCAGGAAAAUAAAGAUACUGUAUUUAA